AUGACCACCUGGGUAGAAGUAGCCUCAGCUGUGACUCUGUCACCCAGCGUUUCUCUGGAGGGAAGCUUGGGGGGAGGCUUUGGCGGCUUUUGGGAGACCAUUAAAACGCUAACUGGGCAAACAAAAGUGUGAUUAAAGGACUCCGGUCCCUAGUGGAUGGCCGGGGACUUGCGGACUCAAGAAGACACUGCAGGAAUCUUUCUCUGAGCCUCUGAAGGGGUCUCAAGAUGUCGCAUCGUAUCGUGGAGUAUGUGGAGGAAUGGGAGGAGGAAUACGAGGUGGAAGGGGAAGAAGUAGAAGAGGAGGAAGAAGUGGUGGAGGAGGAGGAAGAAGAAGAAGAAGAGGAGGAAGAGGAAGUUUUGGAUGAGAUGCCAACGACGACACACGUCACUCAUGAGCACCACACUCAUCAUCAUCAUCAUCAACAUCAACAUCAUCAACCUCAUGAACCUCAUCACCGCGAGCAUCAGUCGGGCUUGCCCACCAGGAAAGUGGUGAAAAAGGUGAAAGUGGACACGUCCAAGUUCAUGACCCCGUAUCUGGAACACAGCCAGAAGAUGUUGGACCAGUUCAGCUAUAACAAAUAUCGGCAGGCCUACGACAAGUCCAGAGGGAAACCUCCCUCCAUCACCACGGAUACGCCCGAGAUGAUUCGCAUCCGCAAGGCUCAGGAGCAACUCAGUGAGAUCAAAUACCGUAUGGAGGGCAACAAGUCCAAGACAGGCAGCUUGUACGACGGCGAGGCACAGGAGAUUGCCCAUGUCAAGCACGUGUCGGACCUCAUCAGCAAGGUCCUCUACCGGCAGAAGUGGGAUGAGAUCAAGGACAAGUACCAUCUGCCUCCAGAUGCCCCAGAACUGGUUUUGGCUGUGAAGAAUGCCGCCAACUACAGCAAAAAAAUGUACACUGAGGACUGGGACGAGGAGAAGACCAUGUUCUGCCCGUACACCGACAGCCUCGAACUGCGUCGGGUGGCCAAGGCUCAGGAGGCGCUCAGUGACAUCCAGUACAAGAAAGGGCACGAGGAGCGCAUGGCCGAGUUCACCAGCCUGGCCGACCCCCCCGAGGUGGAGCUGGCCAGGAUAGCCUCGGACCAGCGCAGCGAUCUCAAGUACAAGGAGGCGUACAACGAAGACGUGAAGGGUCAAUGGUGCGAGACGCCCUACUUUGACGUGGCCAUGGCCAGGGUAGCCAUGGACAACCUCAGCAAUAGGAAAUACACGCAAAAGCACGAGGACUCCAAAGACCAAAUCUACUUCAUGCAAACCGACACGCCCGUCUACGACACCCACAAGAAGGCGGGCGCCUCUGCCAGCGACGUCAAGUACAAGAAGGAGUACGAGGAGACGAAGGCCCAGUCCGACUACAACACGCUGCCGGCCACCGAGAACCCGCGACUCAGGCAGCUCCGAUACGCCGGCACCAUCCUCAGUGACAAAGUGUACAAGGACAACUACGAGAAGUCCCGAGGGUUCAGCAUCAACUAUUGCGAUACGCCCAAGUUCCAAAUGGACUCGGUUCUCAAACAGUUUACGGAUAGACGCUACAAAGAGAAGUACGACAACGAAAUAAAAGGUCACUACCUGGGCAGCUACGAGGAUGUUUACAUGCUCCACUGCCAACAAGUGGAGGAGCUGAAGAACGAGAGACUGUACAAAGCCGACUAUGAAGACAUGAAAACGCAGUGUUUCUUCCCUCAAACCAUCACGGCCGAGUACGAAGCCAUCAGGAAGCUGGAGGAUUGCAAGGAUAAAGUUUACCGGCAGCAUCCGGACAAAGUGAAAUUCACACAAGUGACCGACUCGCCGGUUUUAGUCCAGGCGGCCAUCAACGCCUACCAGCUGAGUGACCUCAACUACAAGGCGCACUACGAAGAGACCAAGCACAAGAACAGCCUGCCUCCGGACGACCCCUUCUUCGUCCAAUCCCGAGUGAACGCCUUCAACCUGAGCGACAACUGCUACAAAUAUGACUGGGAGAGAACCAAGGCCAAGAGGUUUGAGAUUAAGGAGGACGCGAUCCCCAUCUUGGCCGCCCGGGCUCACACAAACAUCGCCAGCGACGUGAAAUACAAGAAGGAGUACGAGAAGAACAAGGGUCAGAUGGUCGGAGCUCUCAGCAUUAAUGAUGAUCCCAAGAUCCUGCACUCUGUCCACGUGGCCAAAAUCCAGAGUGAUCGAGAAUACAAAAAGGACUACGAAAAGAUCAAGACCAAGUAUCACACGCCUCUGGACAUGAUGUCCGUCACCCAGGCUAAGAAGUCGCAGGCCGUCAGCACCAUGGCCGGGUACCGCAGCAUCAACCCCAACUUCUUCCUGCCCCAUGACGCCGUGCUGCUGGACCUGGCCAAGAAGGCCAACAUCAUCCAGAGCGACAAUGAGUACAAGUCUGACUACAACAACUACACCAAAGGGACCCCAUGGGUGCCAUUUGGCUCUUUGGACGUGGAAAAGGCCAAGUAUGCCGGGGAAAUUCUUAACGAGAAAAAAUACAGACAGCACCCUGACACCAUCCCCUUCACGUCCAUCGACAACCACCCCGUCAUGAUGCAGGCCAAAGUUAACCAGCUCCAGAGGAGUGAUCUGUUCUACAAGCAAGGUCUGGAGGACAUCCACCAGAAGUACUGCCUGCCAGUUGACAUUCCCGAGUUCCUCCAGGCCAAAUGCAACGCCUACAACAUCAGCAACAAUUAUUACAAGUACGCCUGGCAGGACAUCAUUGCUAAAGGCUACGACUUGCAGCCCGACGCCAUCCCCAUUGUUGCCGCCAAAGCUGCCAGACACGCUGCCAGUGAUGUGCAGUACAAGAAAGCGUACGAGAAGGAUCGAGGCCACCACGUGGGUUUCCGUAGUCUGCAGGACGACCCCCUGCUGGUCCACUACAUGGAGGUGGCCAAGCACCAGAGCGACAAGAACUACAAGAAGGACUACCACAAGGCCAAGCUCAAGUACCACUCGCCGGUGGACAUGUUGAGCGUGGCGCACGCCAAGCAUGCCUCGGCCGUGCAGACCAACACCGGCUACAAGCAACCCCACCACAAGUACUGCCUCCUACCAGAUGCCUUGAACCUGGAUUGGGCUCGCACCGUGAACUACAACACCAGUGAGCACCAGUACAAACAGGAUUACGAGAACUGCAUCAAGGGAAUCGGUUGGGUUCCGAUCGGCUCCCUGGAGGUGGAGCAGGCGAAGGCGGCUGGGGCGGCUUUGGACGAGAAGAAAUACAGACAGCACCCGGACACCCUCAAGUUCACCAGCCCACUCGACUCCAUGAACAUGGAGCUGGUCAAGUCCAACACUCAGAUUCUCAAUGCGAAAGACUACAAGGCCAGCGGCGAGAAGUUCAUGCAUACCUAUCAUCUUCCUGUUGAUGCUCCUGAACUGAUCCUAGCCAAAUACAACGCUGCCAACAUCAGCAAGAAUUACUACACCAACACUUACCGUCGAGAUCUGCUCAAAGGACAUCAUAUGAAAGAGGAUGCCAUCCCCAUCGUGGCAGCCAAGACCUCCAGAGACAUCGCCAGCAAUUACAAGUACAAACUGGCACACGAGAAGGCAAAGGGUCAACACGUGGGCUUCCGUAGCCUGCAGGAUGACCCCUUGCUGGUCCACUACAUGGAGGUGGCCAAGAUGCAGAGCGACAAGAACUACAAGAAGGACUACCACAAGUCCAAGCUGAAGUACCACACGCCGGUGGACAUGAUGAGCGUGGCCCACGCCAAGCACGGCUCGGCCGUGCAGACCAUGAUCGGCUACAGGACAUACCUGCACGACUACUUGAUUCUUCCCGACAACUUGCAACUGCACCGCUGCAAGGACAUGAUGGAGAUGCAGAGCGAUAUUGUUUACAAAGCCGACUACACAAACUACUACAAAGGAUCCGGGUGGGUUCCGAUUGGUUCUCUGGAUGUGGAGAAGGCCAAAGCUGCCAAAGCCGCCCUGGACGAGAUCAGCUACCGUCAGCAUCCCAGCACGUUCAAGUUCACCAGCACCAGUGACAGCAUGAACAUGUCCCUGGCUCUGAGCAAUUCCAAACAGCUGGACCCCGCCGCUUACAAAGCUUCUGGCGAGAAGUUCAAGCACACAUACAACUUGCCGGCCGACUGCCCUGAGUUCAUCCAGGCUAAAUUUAACGCUCAUACCCUCAGUGAGAAUCAGUACAAGCAAAAGUGGCUCCAAGAUAUCGCUAAAGGCUACGACUUGAGAUCCGAUGCCAUUCCCAUUCAGCAUGCCAAGCACGGCAGACAUAUUGCCAGCAAUGUGCAAUACAAGAAAGACUUUGAGAAAGGGCGAGGCCACCAUGUGGGCUUCCGUAGCCUGCAGGACGACCCCUUGCUGGUCCACUACAUGGAAGUGGCCAAGCUGCAGAGCGACAAGAACUACAAGAAGGACUACCACAAGGCCAAGCUGAAGUACCACACGCCGGUGGACAUGUUGAGCUUGGUCCACGCCAAGCAGGCCUCGGCCGCGCAGACCAUGGCCGGCUACAGGACGAUGCACCACACCAACGCUCUCCUCCCGGACGCCAUGAACUUCGUGCUGGCUCGUACCAUGAACACCCAAGUUAGCGAUUGUGAUUACAAAUCAGACUGGAACAACUACGUCAAAGGCGUUGGCUGGAUCCCGGUUGGCUCGCUCGCGGUAGAGACCGCCAAGGUUGGUGGUGAUAUCCUAAGCGAGAACAAGUACCGCACUCACCCAUCCAACUUCAAGUACAGCAAGCUGAUGGACUCGAUGGACAUUGCCCUGGCCACCGUCAACAACCAGAUCAUGGAUAAGAAAGCUUACACGGCUGCUUGGGAAAAGGACAAACGGAUCAUCCACGUCAUGCCGGACUCUCCUGAGAUUGUCCUGGCCAAGGCCAAUGCUCUCACCAUGAGCGAUAAACUUUACAAAUCUGGUGUGGCGGAGAUGGCCAAGAGGGGCUACAAUCUGAAAGCAGAUGCCAUUCCCAUCGUAGCCGCCAAGUCAGGAACAAACAUCGCCAGUAACUUUAAAUAUAAACUGGAUUACGAGAAGGCGCGAGGCCACCACGUGGGCUUCCGUAGCCUCCGGGACGACCCCCUGCUGGUCCACUACAUGGAGGUAGCCAAGAUGCAGAGCGACAGGAACUACAAGAAGGACUAUCACAAGGCCAAGCUGAAGUACCACACGCCGGUGGACAUGUUGAGCUUGGUCCACGCCAAGCAGGCCUCGGCCGCGCAGACCAUGGCUGGGUACAGGAAGAUCCUCCAUACCAACGCCCUCCUCCCGGAUGCCAUGAACUUUGUGCUGGCUCGUACCAUGAACACUCAGUCUAGUGAUUGCAAUUACAAGUCAGACUGGAACAACUACGUUAAAGGUAUGGGCUGGAUCCCCAUCGGCUCGCUCGCGGUAGAAACCGCCAAGGUCGGCGGGGACAUCUUAAACGAGAACAAGUACCGCACUCACCCGUCCAACUUCAAGCACAGCAAACUGAUGGACUCCAUGGACAUGGCUCUGGCCACGGCCAACAAUCAGAUUAUGAAUAAGAAAGCUUACACGGCCGCUUGGGAAAAGGCCAAACUGGACGUCCACGUCAUGCCGGAUGCUCCGGAGAUUGUCCUGGCCAAGGCCAACGCCAUGAACAUGAGCAACAAACUGUACAAAGCAGGCCUUUUGGAAAUGGCCAACAGAGGCCACAAUCUCAGAGCAGACGCCAUCCCAAUUCUGGCCGCCAAGUCUGGUACCAACAUUGCUAGCAAUUACAAGUACAAACUGGAUUACGAGAAGGCGCGAGGCCACCACGUGGGCUUCCGUAGCCUGCGGGACGACCCCCUGCUGGUCCACUACAUGGAGGUGGCCAAGAUGCAGAGCGACAAGAACUACAAGAAGGACUACCACAAGUCCAAGCUCAAGUACCACUCGCCGGUGGACAUGUUGAGCUUGGCCCACGCCAAGCACGCCUCAUCCGUGCAAACCAUGACUGGAUAUAAGAGGCUUAUCCCUCACUACACCGUCCUGCCUGAUGCUAUGAACCUGGAACUGGCCCGGAACAUGCAGUCUAUCGCCAGCGAUAACAAAUACAAGAGUGAGUAUCACAACUACAUCCGAGGAAUCGGUUGGGUUCCCGUCGGCUCACUGGAUAUGGAGAAAGUCAGAACAGCCGGCAACAUCCUAAGGGACCACGGGUACCGCCAGCAUCCCAGCAACUUUAAAUUCACCAAGGACAUGCACUCUAUGGACCUGGCACUGGCCUCCGCCAACAACCAGAUCAUGGAUAAGCAAUCUUACACCAAAGCCUGGGACCACGCCAAGCGAACCAUUCACAUCAUGCCUGACGCGAUGGACAUUGUUCUCGCUCGGGAAAAUAGGAAAAACUACAGCGAGAAACGGUACAAACUGGACAAUGAGCGUGCCAAGAAGAAGGGUCACAACCUUCGUGCCGAUGCCAUCUCCGUGCAGGCUGCUAAAGCCUCCACUAUUAUCGCAAGUGACUACAAGUACAAGACCGGAUACCGCAGGCAGGUCGGCCACCACAUCGGGGCCCUCAGCAUCCAGGACGACCCUCUCCUCAUGCUGGCCCUGAACUCCGCCAAGAUCGCCAGCGACGCCCUCUACAAGAAGGACUUCAACCAGUCUAAGACCAGAUUCCACCUGCCAGUGGACAUGCUUUCCUUCGAGCUGGCCAAGAAGAACCAGAUCCAGGUCAACCACGCCAACUACAUCACCCGCCUGCACAACUGGACCUGCCUGCCCGACUCCAACGACGUUCGCCAAGCCAGACAUGCCUACAAUCUUCAGAGCGAUGUGGUCUAUAAGGAAGAGCUGAAGGCACUUCAGGGCACUGGCUGGAUCCCCAUUGGUUCGUUGGAUGUGGAGAAGGUGAAGAAAGCCGGUGAGAUCCUGAGUGAACAGAAGUACCGCCAGCACCCAAGCAACUACAAGUUUAAGGUCUCAACCGAGGACAUGCCCAUGGUGCUGGCCAAAGCCAACGCUCAGGUCAUGAACAAGAAAGCGUACAAAGACGCCUGGGAAAAUGCGAAGACCAUGAUCCAUGUCAUGCCUGACGCCAUGGACGUCGUUCUCGCAAAAGCCAACAGUUACAACUACAGCUCGAAACUGUACAAGCAGGCAAAUGAAGACGCCAAGAAGAAGGGUUACGACCUGCGCAAUGAUGCCAUUUCCGUCCGAGCGGCCAAAGCAUCCAGGGAUAUCGCCAGUGAUUACCUGUACAAGACCGGAUACCGCAAGCAGGUCGGUCACCACAUCGGGGCCCUCAGCAUCCGCGACGACCCUCUCCUCAUGCUGGCUCUGAACUCCGCCAAAAUCGCCAGCGACUUCCUCUACAAAAAGGACUUCAACAAGUCCAAGACCAGAUUCAACCUGCCUGUGGACAUGCUGGCCUUCGAGCUGGCUAAGAAGAACCAGAUCCAGGUCAACCAUGCCAACUACAUCACCCGCCUGCACGAGUGGACCUGCUUGCCCGACUCCAACGACGUUCGCCAAGCCAGACACGCCUACGACCUGCAGAGUGAUAAUGUUUACAAGGAAGACCUGAAGUUGCAGAAGGGUGUCGGCUGGGUCCCCGUUGGUUCGGUGGAUGUGGAAAAGGUAAAGAAAGCCGGUGAGAUCCUGAGUGAACAGAAGUACCGCCAGCACCCGAGCAACUACAAGUUUAAAGUCUCAACCGAGGAUAUGCCCAUGGUGCUGGCCAAAGCCAACGCCAAGGUCAUGAACAAGAAAGCAUAUCAGGAAGCAUGGCAAAACGAGAAGACCAUGAUCCACAUCUUGCCCGAUGCAAUGGAUGUCGUCCUUGCAAAAGCCAACAACAUGAACUACAGCUUGAAACUGUACAAGCAAGCAUAUCAGGAGGCCAAGAAGCUGGGCUACGAACUUGGCAAAGAUGCCAUUUCCAUCCUCGCAGCUAAGGCUUCCAGAGACAUUGCGAGCGAUUACCUGUACAAGACCGGAUACCGCAAGCAGGUCGGCCACCACAUCGGGGCCCUCAGCAUCCGCGACGACCCUCUCCUCAUGCUGGCUCUGAACUCCGCCAAAAUCGCCAGCGACUUCCUCUACAAAAAGGACUUCAACAAGUCCAAGACCAGAUUCAACCUGCCGGUGGACAUGCUGGCCUUUGAGCUGGCCAAGAAGAACCAGAUCCAGGUCAACCACGCCAACUACAUCACCCGCCUGCACAACUGGACCUGCCUGCCCGACUCCAACGACGUUCGCCAAGCCAGACACGCCUACAACCUGCAGAGUGAUAAUGUUUACAAGGAAGACCUGAAGACGCAGCAGGGUGUCGGCUGGAUCCCGAUUGGUUCGUUGAAUGUGGAGAAGGUGAAGAAAGCCGGUGAGAUCCUGAGUGAACGGAAGUACCGCCAGCACCCGAGCGACUACAAGUUUAAGCUCUCAACCGAGGACAUGCCCAUGGUGCUGGCCAAGGCGAACGCUCAAGUCAUGAACCAGAAAGCGUACAUAGACGCCUGGGAACAUGCGAAGACCAUGAUCCAUGUCAUGCCUGACGCCAUGGACGUCGUUCUCGCAAAAGCCAACAGUUACAACUACAGCUCGAAACUGUACAAGCAGGCAAAUGAAGACGCCAAGAAGAAGGGUUACGACCUGCGCAAUGAUGCCAUUUCCGUCCGAGCGGCCAAAGCAUCCAGGGAUAUCGCCAGUGAUUACCUGUACAAGACUGGAUACCGCAAGCAGGUCGGUCACCACAUCGGGGCCCUCAGCAUCCGCGACGACCCUCUCCUCAUGCUGGCUCUGAACUCCGCCAAAAUCGCCAGCGACUUCCUCUACAAAAAGGACUUCAACAAGUCCAAGACCAGAUUCAACCUGCCUGUGGACAUGCUGGCCUUCGAGCUGGCCAAGAAGAACCAGAUCCAGGUCAACCACGCCAACUACAUCACCCGCCUGCACAACUGGACCUGCCUCCCCGACUCCAACGACGUUCGCCAAGCCAGACAUGCCUACAAUCUGCAGAGUGAUUCCGUCUACAAAGCAGACUUGAAGUGGCUCCAAGGUCUCGGCUGGGCCCCAGAUGGCUCGAUUGAGGUGGAGAAGGCCAAGAAGGCUGCUGAAAUCUUGAGCGAGAGGAAAUACCGCCAACCUCCCAGCAAAAUCCCCUUCAGCAGCCCGAUUAACGCAAUGAACUUUGAACUGGCAAAGAAUAACGCUUUGACAAUGAACAAGCGUCUCUACAUCGAAGCGUGGGAGCGUGAAAAAACCAACGUGCACAUCAACCCGGACACUCCGGAGAUCUUCCUCUCGCAGCAGAACGCUAUCAACAUGAGCAGGAAACACUACAGGCAAGGUUAUGAGGCCGCCAUCAAAAGGGGCUAUUUCCUGCCACCAGAUGCCAUUGCUUUGAAGAGUGCCAAGGCCUCUCGGGAAAUUGUCAGUGAUUACAAAUACAAAACAGGAUACCGGCAACAAGUGGGCCACCACAUUGGUGCUCGCAGCAUCAAAGAUGACCCCCUGAUCAUGCUGGCCCUCAACUCGGCCAAGAUCGCCAGUGAUGCCCUCUACAAAAAGGACUUCAACAAGUCCAAAACCCACUUCAAUCUCCCUGUGGACAUGCUGAGUCUUGAACUGGCCAAAAAGUGCCAGAUACAAGUCAACGACUUCAACUACCGGACUCGCUUACACGAAUGGACGUGCCUGCCCGACUCCAAUGACGUCGUCCAGGCCAGGAAGGCCUACGAUCUGCAGAGUGAUGCUGUGUACAAAGCCGACUUGGAUGAGAUUGUUGGUGUGGGAUGGAUCCCCGUUGGCUCACCAGAAGUGCAGAAAGUCAAGCAUGCCGGCAAGAUUCUUAGCGAUCGCUUUUACAAGCAGAAGCAAGACUCUCUGAAGUUCACCACAGACAUGACUGCCAUACCCAUGGUCCUUGCCAAAGCAAACGCUGAGAUCAUGAACAAGAAAUACUACAUUUCUGCUUGGGAGGCCGAAAAAGCGAAGAACCAUAUCGGUGCUGACCUGCCUGAGAUUCUGCUCUCCAAAUCAAACGCUUACAACCUCAGCCAGAAUGUGUACAAGCAAGCCGUCCAGGAUAUGUUCCGACAGGGCUACGUCAUGAAACCUGACGCAAUUUCCGUCAAAGCAGCCAAACGCGGAAGAGAAAUCAUUAGUGAUUACAAGUACAAGACGGGAUACCGCAAGCAGGUUGGCCACCACAUCGGCGCGCUGAGCAUCCAUGACGAUCCUCUGAUCAUGCUGGCCCUGAACUCGGGCCAGAUUGCGAGCGACAAUCUGUACAAGAAGGACUUCAACAAGUCCAAGACCAAAUUCAACCUGCCCGUGGACAUGCUGAACUUGGAACUGGCCAAGAAAUGUCAGAUACAAGUCAACGACUUCAACUACAGAACUCGCCUGCACAACUGGACUUGUCUGCCGGACUCCAACGAUGUGGUCCAGGCCAGGAAGGCGUAUGACCUUCAAAGUGACGCUGUGUACAAAGCAGACAUGCAAUGGAUCAAGGGAUCCGGUUGGGUCCCCAUUGGCUCAGUGGAUGUGGAGAAAGCAAAGAAAGCAUCGGAGAUCUUGAGUGAGAAGCUGUAUCGCCAGCCUCCCAGCAACUUCAAAUUCACCGCCACGACCGAAGACAUUCCGUUUGCCCUCGCUCUGGCCAACGCCCAAAUCAUGGACAAGAAAGCGUAUGUGUCCGCGUGGGAGAACGACAAAAUUAACAUUCACAUCAUGCCUGACACACCUGAGAUCAUCUUGGCCAAGCAGAAUAAGCUCAACACCAGUCAGAGACAUUACCAUGAAGGCUACCUGGAAAACAUUAAAAAUGGCUACUUGCUCCCCAAAGACGCCAUUUCGAUUGUAGCAGCCAAGGCCUCUCGUGACAUCGUCAGUGACUACAAGUACAAGACGGGAUACCGCAGGCAGUGUGGCCACCACGUCGGGGCUCGCAGCGUUGAAGACGACCCUCUGAUCUUGCUGGCCGCCCACGCCGCCAGGAUCUCCAGUGACAACAUCUACAAGAAGGAUUUUGAAAAGACCAAGACCCACUUCAACCUGCCCGUGGACAUGCUGUCCAUCGAGCUGGCCAAGAAGUGCCAGCAGCAAGUCAACGAUUUUAACUACCGCACGCACCUGCACCAGUGGACCUGCCUGCCGGAUUCCAACGACGUGGUCCAGGCCAGGAAGGUCUACGACCUGCAGAGUGAUGCUGUGUACAAAAGUGACCUGGAGUGGCUGAAGGGAUGCGGCUGGUCACCUCACGAAUCGGUGGAUGUCAUCAAAGUCAGGAAAGCACAGAAAAUCCUCAACGAGAGACUUUACCGCGAGCCGCCCAGCGCGAUCAAGUUCACCAGCGUGGUGGACUUGCCUUCAGUCAUCCUGGCCAAGCAAAAUUCAGAUAACCUCAGUGAAUGGAAAUACAAGGAAAUGUGGGAGAACGAAAAAACGUCCUUCAUUCUUCCGCCAGACACGCCGGCCAUGGAGCUGUCCAAGACAAAUGCGAUCAACAUCAGCAAUAAACUGUACACCUUGGAAUGGGAUGACCACAAGGCCAAAGGCUACCAGAUCAAGGAGGAUGCCAUCGCUGUCCUGAAGGCCAAAGCAUCCAGAGAUAUCAUUAGCGAUUACAAGUACAAGGAAGGAUACCGCAAGCAAGUGGGCCACCACGUCGGGGCUCUCAGCGUCAAAGACGACCCCCUCAUCAUGCUGGCACUGAACUCGGCCAAGAUCGCCAGUGACAACCUCUACAAAAAGGACUUCAACAUGUCCAAGACCAGAUUCCACUUGCCCGUGGACAUGUUGAGUCUCGAACUGGCCAAAAAGUGCCAGAUUCAAGUCAACGACUUCAACUACCGGACUCGCUUGCAUCAGUGGACGUGCCUGCCUGACUCCAAUGAUGUGGUACAGGCCAGGAAGGUCUACGAUCUCCAGAGUGAUGCUGUGUACAAAGCAGACUUGGAGUGGCUACGUGGAUGCGGUUGGAUUCCGCACGAGUCCGUCGAGGUUUUGAGGGUGAAAAAUGCACAGAAGAUCCUGGCUGAGAGAGGCUACCGGGUCAAGCUGGACGAGCAGAAAUUUGGUGUUCCACCCAAUCGAGUCGACUUGACUUGGGCUAAGAAUGCCGCCGACAUCCUCAAUGAGACCAAGUACCGUGAGGCUUGGCAUCGGGACAAGACCCAUUACACGCUGGUGGAGACUCCGACCAUGGUCACAGCCAAAGCGGCAGCUAAGAACGUUCAUCCGAAACUGUAUUCCCAAGACUGGGAAAAGGCCAAGGCCACUGGGUACUUCAUGCCUGAAAAUGCGGUGUCCAUCAAGCAGUGUAUUAGCAACACCAAAGUCCAAAGCAAACAUAAAUACCUGGAGGGAUACCGCAAGCAGGUGGGCCACCACAUUGGGGCCCUCAGCAUCCAGGACGACCCGCUUCUCAUGCUGGCCUUGAACUCGGCCAAGAUCGCCAGCGAUGCGCUCUACAAGAAAGACUUCAACAAGUCCAAGACCAAAUUCAACCUGCCCGUGGACAUGCUGCAGUUCGAGCUGGCUAAGAAGUGUCAGAUGCAAGUCAACGAUGACCUCUACAGGACCCGCCUGCACGAGUGGACGUGCCUCCCCGACCAGAAUGACGUCAUCCAGGCCAGGAAAGCCUACGAUCUUCAGAGUGAUUUUGUGUACAAAGCGGAUAUGGAAUGGAUUCGAGGCUGUGGGUGGGUGGCCCACGAAUCAGUGGACCACGUCAAAGCCAGAAAAGCGCAGGAAAUUCUCAACGAUAGGAUCUACAAGAAAAACGCAAUUGACGGCUUUGGAAAAUUCACCCUGGUGGUGGACCGUCCAGAACUUCUCUUGGCCAAGACCAACGCUGUUAACGUCAGCGACCUGAAGUACAAAGAGACCUUCAAUGCAGAGAGGGGUCAGUACAUCGGUUCCGAUGACACUCCUCAACUGGCCCACAGCAGGGAGAUGUCCAAGAACAUCAGCGAGAAACUCUACAAACUGCACUGGAACAAAUCCAAGGCUGCUGACUACCAUCUGGACCACGAGUAUAUUCCACUUGUCAUCGGAAAGAAGAGCAGAGACAUUAGCAGUGAUGUCAAGUACCAUGACUCCUACGAGAAGACCAGGGGACACCACUUGGCCGGAACCCUGGUGGACUUUCCUGAGGUGAUCCGGUGUGGUGAUCAGGAGAAGAACAAGGGACUGAGGCUUUACCAUCAGAACUACCACCAGACCAAGAUGAAGACCCACAUCCCAUCCGACAUUAUUGCAAACAAGGUGGCCAAGCGUUCCCAGGACAUGCUGAGCGACGUCCUGUACCGCACAUACCUCCACCAGUGGACCUGCCACCCAGAUCAGGAGGAUGCUAUUCGAGCCCGCAAAACCAACGAGAUUCUCAGCGAUGUGUUUUACAAAGAGGACCUGACCUGGAUGAAGGGCAUCGGCUGCUACGUGUGGGACACGCCAGAGAUCAUUCGUGCCAAGAAGGCCUAUGACCUGCAGAGUGAACUGCAAUAUAGAGACGAGGCCAAGAAGGAAUUCAAUAAUUACUCCAUCGUGACCGACACGCCCGCCUAUGUGACUGCUGUGCUGGGCAACACCUGGGCCAGUGACCUGAACUACCGGGAGGCUUACCAUAAGGGGAAGCACGCGUACACCACCGUUCUUGAUACCUACGACUAUGCCAGAUGCCGCAACUUCAAACACCACUUCAGCAACAAAAUCUACACUGAUGCCUGGGACAAAUUCAAGGCCAAGGGCUACCAGAUCCCCCACGACUCGCGCUCCAUGCAACACGCCAAGAAUCAGAAGUUCGUUGCGAGCAGCGUGAAGUACAAGGAGGACUAUGAAAAGUUCAAGUCAAUCUACAGCCUUCCCAAGUCUCUUGAGGACGAUCCAGGCACCCUCCGCUGCCUCAAGGCCGGAAGACUGGUCCUGGACCGCCUGUACAAAGAGGACUAUGAGAAAGCCAAGGCAAAGAACCACAUCCCGGCAGACAUGCUGGAGAUCAUAACGGCCCAUAAAACCCAGACCAAAGUCAGCGAAAUCAACUACCGCAAAUAUCUGCACGAGUGGAUCUGCCUCCCCGAUAUGCAAAUGUACGUCCAGGCGCGCAAAGUCAACGAGCAGCUGAGUGAUAUCUUCUACAAGGAUGACCUGAACUGGCUGAAGGGCAUCGGCUGCUUUGCCUGGGACACUCCGGAAAUCCUGCGUGUCAAGCAUGCCGGCGACAUUCAGAGCAUUAACAAAUAUCGAGCCAAAGGUGUGGAGGCGUUCAAGGACUACUCAGUGGUGAUGGAAACCCCGGUUUACGCGACGGCCAAGCAAAACACCGUCAAUCUGAGCGACUUGCGCUAUCGCUCCGACUACCAAACCCACAUCAAGGGAACCAACACUGCUCCUGCCGUUACCGUCGAGGGGGAGAGGGCUCGCCUGGCCCACCACAUUCAGAGUAAUAACUGGUACAAGGAGGCCAACAAGAACUACAUGCCCACAGGAUACACUCUGCCCCACGACAUGCCUCUCAUCAAGCAGGCUAAACACAACUCUUUUAUCAGUAGCAUUGUGAAGUACAAGGAGGCCUGGGAGAUGACAAAGGCCAAGGGCUACAGCAUUCACCCACAGGGCGUCAACUUCGUCAAUUACAGGAAGGCCAACAAGAUCGCUAAUGAGCGCCUGUAUCGCGAAGAUUACCACAAGCACAAGGACAAGAUCCACACCACCUAUGACACCCCCGAAAUCAAACAAGUCAAGAUGAACCAGGAUCACAUCAGCGAAUUGUGGUACAAGGAGAUGUACAACAAAUGUAAAGGCCAGCUGAUCUCCAUGCCCAUGACACCAGAGCUGAUGCAUUACAACCACGUCAACGACAUCACCAGCGAGCUGAAAUACAAAGAGGAUCUAACAUGGCUGAGAGGCAUCGGCUGUUUCCUGUACAACACCCCGGAGAUGAUCCGCAUCCGCAACCUCAAUAAGUACAGAAUGGACUACCCGGUGGAGGCCAAGAAGAACCUGCCCAACUUCUCGGUGGUCCUUGACACGCCGGAGUACAAGCGAGUGAGCGAGCUCAAGAGCCACUUGAGCAUGCUCAUCUACAAAGCUCAGAGCAAAGAGGAUAUGGCCAGGGUCUCCACCACCGCCGACGCCGUGGAACUCAAAAGAGCCAAAUGGGCCCAGCAUCUGACCAAUCAUUACGUGUACACGGACGUCGCCGCCAAACACCGACCACAUUACACCCUGGAAGUGGAAACCCCGCACAUGGGCCACAGCAGGAAGAUGAAAGUGAUGUCCAGUGAUAACAAGUACAAAGAACAAUAUGAGAAGAUGAAGCACAGGUACACCGCCAUUGGUGACACGCCCCUUCUGAUCCGCUCCAAGAAGGCCUACCUCCAGUCCAGCGAUCUGCGCUACAAAGAGACUUACGAGCUCUCUAAAGGCCACUACCACACCGUCAAGGAUGCCCUGGACAUCGUCUACCACCGCAGAGUCACCAACGACGUCAGCAAUGUUAAGUACAGGGAGAAUUACCUUAGCUCCAGAGGAACGUGGAAGUCCAUCCCGGACCGUCCCGAGUUCUUCUUCAACAGGAUCGUCAACGACAACAUCAGCACGGUCAAGUACAAGGAGGACCUGGACUGGUUGAAGGGAAUCGGCUGCUUCGUGUGGGACACACCCGAGUUGUUGCGGGCUGAGAAGAACAAGACGCUUUACAGUGAUAUCCAAUACAAGACCUUCCUCAAGAAGUUCAGAGGAAACUUCACGUACACCUCCGACUCGCCGUUCUUCCACACGGCCAGGCACGCCACCAGCCUCAUCGAUGAACGGGCCUACAGAGUUAGUUACGAGAAGACAAAGGAUCACUUCACCAUAACCACAGACGAUCCUAGUUUCCAGCUGGCCAAAGAGAACAAGAAGAUGAGCCAGUGGCGUUACAGGGAACAAUAUGAGCGUGCCAAGGACAAGUUCACUUCCAUCCUGGACACUCCUGAGUAUGAAACUACCCAACGCGGCAAGAAGAUUGGCGAUAUCGUUUACAAAAUGGAGUACAAUAAAAACAAGGCCAGAGGCUACACCCUACCGUACGACACACCGCACCAAAACCUCAUGAAGAAAGUCAAGGAAAUCACCAGUAACCUGAAGUACAAAGAGCUCUACGAGAGGAACAAGGCUCAGAUCACCAUCGAUCAUGAGGCUCGUUCCAUUCGGGCCGCGAAGGAGGCCUACACGAACAUCACCAAUUUGGAUUACAAGAAGAAGUAUGAAGCCACCAAAUUCAGGUGGAUGUGGACCCCAGAGAGGCCCGACUUUCUCAAUGCUGCCAAGAACUCGCUGCAGCAGAGUGACUAUGAGUACAAGUACGACAAGGAGUACUUGAAGGGCUGCGUCAUACCCGUGGUGGACGACAAGCUUACCCUACUCGCACAGAACAACACGCAAAUCACGAGUGAGCUCAAAUACAAAAUGAAGUACGAGAAGGCACGGGGCCACUACCUGCCUGUGGCGGACACCCCUCAGAUCCUCCACUCCAAGGCUGUACGCAACCUGUCAUCUGAGAGCAAGUACAAGGCGGCCAGUAAGAAGCAAAUGCAGUCCGGGUCCUUCACCAUCAUGCCGCAGACCCGGGACACAGCUCACAGCAAGGAGAUCAAUAAACUCAUCAGCAAGAACGUGUACAAGGCCAAGUUUGAGAAGGAGAAAGGCAAGUCGAUAUACAACAACAUGUGCGUACCGCCCGACAUCCAGCACGCCAUGGAUGUUGCCAAGAAACAGAGCAAUCUUGACUACAAGAAGAAUGCCAAAGCCAACCUUCACUACACCACCGCCGUAGUGGAUCGACCUGACAUCAAGAAGGCCACGCACACCGCCAAACUCGUCAGCGAUAUCGGCUACCGCAACAAAGCCCGUGAAGAGGCCAGCCGCGGAGGUUCUCUGGUCCACCGGCCCGACAUCGAGCUGGCCACGGAAGUCUGCAAGCUCAACAGCCAGGCCAAGCCUUCCCCCCACGGAAUGGCCUCCUACGACACCCCGCUGAUGCGCCACAUUAAGAAAAUGAGUGCGGUGACGAGUGAUCUGAAGUAUAAGGAGAAGUUUGACAAGGAAAUGAAGGGAAAGAGACCUCGGUAUGACCUGAAGGAGAGUACGGUUUACAAGACCUACAAGGACGCCCACACGCUGGCUAGCGAGGUGAAGUACAAACGUGACCUGAAGAAGCUUCACAAGCCCGUGACCGACAUGGCCGAGUCUCUCUCCAUGCAGCACGGCCUGAGCACCAGCAGGCUGUCCAGUGACGUGAAAUACAAAGAGAAGUAUGAAAAGGAGAGGGGCAGAGCCAUGCUGGACUUUGAGACGCCAACAUACGUGACGGCCAAGGAGGCACAGCACAUGCAGAGCCAGAAAGACUAUAGGAAGGAUUUUGAGGAGACCAUGAGGGGCAAGAACCUCUCGGGCUUGGAAGUCACGCCCGCCAUGAUACAUGUCAGACAUGCCACCAAAAUAGCCAGUGAGAGAGAGUACAGGAGGGAUCUAGAGGAGGGCGUGAAGGGUAAAGGGCUAACUGUGCUGGAGGAAACUCCCGAGCUUUUGAGGGCAACGAAUGCCACUCAAAUCCUGUGCGAGAGAGAGUACAAGAAGUCGCUGGAGCAGGAGAUUAAGGGCAAGGGAUUGUUGGCAUUGGCCAACGACACCCCGGACUUCAUGCGGGCCAGGAAUGCCACCGACAUCCUCAGUCAGGUCAAGUAUAAGCACACAGCCGAGAUGGACCGAGCUAGCUACACCACCGUCAUCGACACUCCAGACAUCAUCCACGCUCAGCAGAUGAAGAACAUCAUCAGCCAGAAAAAGUAUAAAGAAGAGGCGGAGAAGACCAUGUCCCAAUAUGUCCCCGUUCUGGACACCCCUGAGAUGCAGAGAGUCCGUGAGAACCAGAAGAACUUCAGCACUCUUCAGUACCAGACUGACCUAAUACACGUCAUAAAGGGCAAAGGGUCAGCUGUAAUCACCCCCGAAAUUCUUCGCGUUAAAGAAAAUACGAAGAAUUUCAGCUUGAUUCAAUACAAAGAGGAUUUAGGAGGAGGAACGGCUUUGCCCGAAACCCCCGAGAUGGAGAGAGUUAAACGAAACCAGAGGAACGUUAGCACGAUACAGUACAAAGAUUCUCUGAGUCAAGGUACGGCUAUACCAGAUCUUCCUGAGGUGAAGCGGGUCCGAGAAACGCAGAAGAAUAUCAGCUCGAUACAAUACAAGGAUUCUCUGAGUCAAGGUACAGCUAUACCAGAUCUUCCUGAGGUGAAGCGGGUCCGAGAAACCCAGAAGAAUAUCAGCUCGAUACAGUACAAGGAUUCUCUCAGUCAAGGUACAGCCAUACCAGACCUCCCCGAGGUGAAGCGGGUUCGAGAAACCCAGAAGAAUAUCAGCUCGAUACAGUACAAGGAUUCUCUGAGUCAAGGUACGGCUAUACCAGAUCUUCCUGAGGUGAAGCGGGUCCGAGAAACCCAGAAGAAUAUCAGCUCGGUACAGUACAAGGAUUCUCUUUGUCAAGCCACAGCCAUACCAGACCUCCCGGAGGUGAAGCGGGUCCGAGAAACCCAAAAGCAUAUCAGCUCGCUCCAAUACAAGGAAGACGUGGGACGAGGCAUAUCUGUGUCGGCGACGCCAGAGAUGGAACGCGUUAGACGCAAUCAGCUAAAUAUUAGCACGAUCAAAUACAGGGAUUCCCUGGAUCGCGCAACGGCCAUCCCUGACCUGCCGGAAGUGAAGCGGGUCAAACAGACCCAGAGGCACAUCAGCUCGGUGUUAUAUAAGGACAGCGCGGCCAAGGGAACCCCCGUGGUGUUCACUCCAGAGAUGGAGCGAGUCAAACGGAACCAAGAGAACAUUAGCUCGGUGCUGUAUUCCGACAGCUUCCGCAAGCAGGUCCAGGGCAAGGCCGCCUUUGUUCUGGACACUCCGGAGAUGAGACGUGUCAGGGAGACCCAACGCAUCAUAUCUGGAGUGCGCUACCACGAGAACUUUGAGAAGACCAAGGGCAGCUUCACGCCCACCAUCACCGACCUGAUCACAGAGCGUGUGAAGAAGAACACCCAAGACUUCAGUGACAUCAGCUACCGUGGCAUCCAGAGGCGCGUGGUCGAGAUGGAAAGGAGGCGUGCCGUCGAUCAUGACCAGGAGACUAUUACUGGUCUGCGAGUGUGGCGUACCAACCCCGGAUCGGUGUUUGACUACGACCCGGCCGAGGACAACAUCCAGUCCAGGAGUCUGCACCUGAUGUCGGUCCAAGCCCAGCGUCGCAGCAAGGAGCACUCCCGCUCCACUAGUGCCCUAAGUGGCAUGGCUGACGAGAAAUCCGAGAUCUCCCAGGACCCCGACCACCACCUGUCCCUCUACAGCAACGGCUAUGUCACCACCUCCGGAUUUGUCACCUCCUCUAUGGGUUACCAGCAUGCCAAGACCGUGGAGCUGCAGCAGAGGUCCUCGUCCGUGGCUACCCAGCAGACCACCGUCUCCUCCAUCCCCUCGCACCCCUCCACCACCGGGAAAACGGUGCGCGCCAUGUAUGACUACCUGGCGGCCGACAGCGACGAGGUUACCUUCAAGGACGGCGACGUCAUCGUCAACGUGCAGUCCAUCGACGAGGGCUGGAUGUAUGGAACCGUGCAGCGCACCGGCAAGACCGGCAUGCUGCCCGCCAACUACGUGGAGGCCGUUUAAAUGGCAAAAACCAUGUGGAAAAAUGUGUGCCAAAUGUUUGUGGAGUUUGUCGCCUGUUUGUUAGUUUGUGUCGCCUGUCAAGCCCAAUAUCUUUUUUCGAUAUGACCUAGUCAGUGUUGUAUGGAGUGAAUGAAACAAUCGGCUAAGACUACCAUACUUACUAUACCUUUAAUGGUGUUAAGUAUGUAUCUAUUGAUGUACACCCUCCACAAUCUAAGCACUCUUGAGAUGUAAGAGAAAAAUCACCAUUGUUUCCCUCCUUUAACUGAACUCUGAGCACUAACUAGCCCACUAACUAGUACACGAGUAGUACGAGUAGAACACUACGAGUACAAGUACUAGUCCAGUGUGUGUUUUGGUUUUUGAUGGCAAAGUGUAACCCUUCGCCAGUAGCUAAUAAAGCCAAGUUCAUGCAGUG